AUGGCACCUAAGCAGAACCAUACAAAGAGCAAGAAAGAUCGAACGUGUCACAAGACUUCGUCCGUACCGCCAAACCUCACUCACCCUCGAUCUCGCAAGAAUCCAGAGGAAAAAGAGCAGGCGAGAGCAGUAUACAGGACAUCAAACGCCACAGUCUUCACGCAACGUAGCUCCUCCACCUUUUUCAAUACUGGACACACGCUGUCAGCAAAUGAGAACACUCACCUGCUCUUACGCCAGAGCGGUGACAAUUGCCUCCUGGGCAUCGGUUCUCAAUUUACCGACGAAAGCAACGAACGGCUCGCUCAUCAUACGGACCCGGUGGGACAAAUGAACACUUGUCUUUGCGAACGCUGUGUGAUUCAAGGGCGUUCUCGGUAUCUCGCUCAUGAAGAGAAACUCCAGCAGGUGGAUCAGCUGUUCCCGCAAAGCUAUGCAGAACAGUCCACUGUCCUCACUGAAAUGGACUCCACCGGCGCAGCUGUGCAUCAAAAUAUACAACUUCACGAGUUGAAUUUCGACAUGGUGCGAUACCUGUUGACGGGAGCGAAGACUAAUAUGAUCAACAACGCCUUGAAAUUUUGUAGGCGGUACAUCUCACCUUUGGAAGAGUAA